AUGCAAACGUGUGUUCGCAAAUCCAAUCAUUCCCAGCAGAAGUGCAUCGUGAUCUUUGCCCUGGUGUGCUGCUUUGCCAUUCUGGUCGCGUUGAUAUUUUCGGCCGUGGACAUCAUGGGCGAGGAUGAGGAUGGACUCUCAGAAAAAAAUUGCCAAAAUAAAUGUCGAAUUGCCCUGGUGGAAAAUAUUCCUGAAGGCCUUAACUAUUCAGAAAAUGCACCAUUUCACUUAUCACUUUUCCAAGGCUGGAUGAAUUUACUCAACAUGGCCAAAAAGUCUGUUGACAUAGUGUCUUCCCAUUGGGAUCUCAACCACACCCAUCCAUCAGCAUGUCAGGGUCAACGACUUUUUGAAAAGUUGCUCCAACUGACUUCACAAAAUAUUGAAAUCAAGCUAGUGAGUGAUGUGACAGCCAAUUCAAAGGUAUUAGAAGCCUUGAAAUUAAAGG